GACGGUGAUAGUGUUGCUCUCUGAUGGGCACGAUGGAAGGACGACUGUGAGAAUUUAGAAGAGAUUCCAAAGACUUCUAAGGUUAAGUUUCGUGUAAUGAGUUUGGUCAUUGGAUUAGCUGUGAUGGGCCUAUUGUAUUUUUCUUUUUAAAGCCUUCUUCAGCUUUCUGUGUUGAGAAUAUUACCUUCUUCAUGAUGAAUUUCAAGAUUUCAAAAAAAACCCAUAUUAUAUUUGAAACGAUAUUAAGAUGUUUGGUCCCAAAACUGAAAACUUGAGAGAAGAGCCCAAAUCCGAAACCGCAGCCAGCUCACGGAAUAAACCCGCCCUUAUCCGCUUCCAAUUCGGAGAUCUGUUAAUCAGAACACCUGGUGGCGCGUGCCUGUCUCAACUACCUCUCCCAGUCUCUGCAAGGCACACAGCAGCAAAAAUGACGACCUCUAUGGGACCCCCGCCUCCCAAAAACCCUAACCCCUCAUCCUCUGCCGAUGCUGCUGCCUCCACGACGACGACGACGACGACGACAUCCGAACGGGAACCCAAAACUGUCGACGAACCUCAAGACUCUUCAAAAACAAUGAGAACUCCUAUGGGUCCACCUCCACCACCGCCUCCGAGAAAUACUAUCCCUUCCGAGUCGGAAGCGGUUGAAACUCCAAAUUCGAACUCGCUCGAUUCCAAUACAAUACAGCCAUCUGAACAAAGCGUGAAGCGAUCCUCGGUGCCUUAUACCAUUCCUGAAUGGAGCGGGCCUCCUUGCCAUAACUUCUACCUUGAAGUUCUCAAAGAUGGCUCCAUCAUUGAACAAUUGGAUAUCUACGAGAAAGGAGCUUAUAUGUUUGGACGAGUGGAUCUUUGCGAUUUUGUUCUUGAGCAUCCUACCAUCUCUCGCUUCCAUGCUGUUCUCCAGUUCAAAAGAAGUGGAGAUGCCUACCUUUAUGAUCUCAACAGCACACAUGGUACUUUCAUUAACAAGUCUCAGGUUGAGAAAAGGGUUUAUGUGGAACUACAUGUUGGUGAUGUCAUUCGAUUUGGCCAUUCAUCUCGAUUAUAUAUUUUCCAAGGACCAUCUGAACUGAUGCCUCCGGAAAAAGACUUGAAGCUUCUUAGAGAAGUUAAGUUUCGGCAAGAGAUGCUUGAUCGGGAAGCUUCACUUCGACGAGCAAGAUCAGACGCAUCUCUUGCAGAUGGUAUCUCAUGGGGCAUGGACGAAGAUGCUGUGGAAGAAGAUGAGGAUGAUGGCGAUGAAAUUACUUGGCAAACAUACAAAGGACAACUUACAGAGAAGCAGGAGAAAACCCGUGAUAAAAUAAUCAAACGAACUGAAAAGAUUGCUCAUAUGAAGAAAGAAAUAGAUGCUAUUCGUGCUAAAGAUAUUGCUCAGGGUGGGUUGACACAAGGUCAGCAGACUCAGAUUGCUAGAAAUGAACAAAGAAUGACACAGAUCUUGGAAGAACUGGAAAACUUGGAAGAGACGUUAAAUCAGAGUAUCCAGGAAAGUAUUGGCGCACGUGCUGGAAGGAAAUCUAGCAGUAUGAGAAAAGGAACAGCAGAAGAUGAUGAGGAUUUCUCUAGUGAUGAUGAUGAAUUCUAUGACCGGACAAAGAAGCCUUCAAUACAAAAGUCAAGUGAAAAUCAAUCAAUUGAAACUGCGGAUACUCUUCUUGACAAGAGAGACAUCAUCAUGAAAGAAAUGGAGGAGAAGAAAGGGUUGCUUCUGAUUGAGAAUAAUAAAACAGCAUCUGAAACUGCAGCAGAAACUGAAGCUGGAGAUGCUCUUGAUGCUUACAUGCUGGGCCUGUCAUCUCAACUAGUGCUCGAUAAAACUGCACAACUUGAAAAAGAGUUAUCUGCUCUUCAAUCUGAACUGGAUAGGAUCUUCUUCCUUCUGAAAAUUGCUGACCCAUCUGGAGAAGCUGCUAAGAAAAGGGAUUCAAGAGUACAGGGACAAAAGCCUGAUAAUUAUAAAGCUGAAGCACCAGCUGUUGCUGCUACUAAAAAGCAUUCUACUGUGGAACCAAAGAAAAGCAAUGAGGCAGGUAAACCUGUGGAUGCAUCUAAGAAGAAAGAUAGAACUCAAGAUUCUGUUGUUUCUGCCAUAGAAUCAGACAAUAAGCCAGAAGCUGACAAGAUUGUUGGUGAUAAGCCUGAGGUUAAACCUGCCGUUUAUACUGUUGUAAAGCCUAAGUGGCUUGGGGCAGUGAAUGAUGCAGAAGUGGAAGAGACCAAACAAGAGGUGUUAAAUAUGGAUGAGGCUGACCAGUUCGUGGAUUAUAAGGAUAGGCAAAAGGUCCUGCUUAAAGUUGAUGGUGCUCGGGACAAGGUAGAUUCAGGCAUUGAAAGUGCUGCUCCUGGGCUGAUAAUAAGGAAGCAGAAGGAAACUGAGGGACCUGGAACCAAUGAUAAUAAAGCUACUGAACAGUCCACAGCAUCCACCUUAGAAGCCAAGCUCACAGCAGAAGAUGCUGUGGCGUUGUUACUGAAGCAUAAAAGAGGAUAUCAGGCAGAAGAUGAGCAAGGAGGAAAUGAAAGCCUGGAGACAGGCCAAAUUCAACAUAAUAAGGAUAACAAAAGGCCAAAAAGAGUGCUUGGCCCUGAGAAACCAUCAUUUCUCAAUGGCAAUUCAGAUUAUGAAUCAUGGGUACCUCCUGAAGGACAAUCAGGUGAUGGACGAACCUCUCUGAAUGACCGUUAUGGAUAUUGAGCUGACAUUAUUAUGUUGUCAUGGCAUUUGGCAAAAAGCAUGACCCGUUAUGGGGAAACAUGUUUUACAAGGGUACGAUGGUACUGAACUUUGGUUCACGGUGGUACUGAACUUUGGUUCAUACUGCGAGUGAUGACAAUUCGAGUUAGAAGCAUCCUGCAAAAUAGUGUGCUUUUGUUUAACACUUCUAAGGCAAACAGAGUACGUUGGUUGAAAGCUGUUCUGCGUCACUGAUCAUUUUGAGAUGGAGAGGAUGCCAACGAUUGUACGCCAUAGUUGUAUAUUGGACAAAGGAUUAAGGGUGAUGAAGGAUUUGUAUGCAUUCAUCGCCAGAAAUAUGCAGUUUAUAGUGAUGUGUAAACCAAGUAGUUUGACCAAGCAUGUAAUCAAAUAGAAAAAUAUCAGCGAUUGGUUGACAAAAAGUUAUUACUCUUUCAACUUUAUAGUCAUCUUAGUUGCCCUUUAAUUUGUAAACUUGGAAUAACUUCACAUGUAGCAUUCGUAUAUCGAAGGCAUGGCAUACGCGAACCAUGGAAAUAAAUUUUCCAGUCAUUUAUUAUUA